GUGGAUUCUCUCAGUACUACGAGGACUGCAUCAAGGCGAGGUGUUGUGUUGAUCCUUGAGAAUUUGAAAAUUGGUUCUUGAAAACGUGAUGGCCAGAAGAAUAUUGGACUUCCUUUCUUGCAUGUGUGGGAAGUAUGUUGUGAGAAUCAACGGUAAAACUUACGUGAGACGAGAAACUAUUGGCGAAGGGGGCUUCAGUACUGUAGACCUUGUGGAAGAAGAAGGAACACGGCAGAAAUUUGCCUUGAAGCAAAUAAUUUGUCACAGCGUGGAAGAUGAAAGGGUUGCCCUGACAGAAGUGGAUAAUAUGAGAAAGUUUCAGCAUCCCAACGUAAUUUCUUAUGUGGAUCAUGAUGUUCAUCAGCGCCGAGAUGGCAGAAAGGAGUUCCUCAUCCUUCUUCCAUACUAUCCAAGGGGGACACUUUUAACAGAACUGGAGAUGAGAGGAAAAACGAAGAAUCAUCUGAGUGAAGAGGCAGUAUUGGACAUAUUUAGUGAGAUAUGUGAGGGAGUCCAGGUUAUGCAUUCAGCCAAGCCAGAGCCCUUGGCACACAGGGACAUGAAACCGGGUAACAUACUUCUGGACCAGAGUUACCACCCAGUCAUCAUGGAUUUGGGUUCAAUGACAAAUGCUGUGACUGAGGUCUCAGAUGGCCGACAAGCACGGAGACUGCAGGAUAUGGCUGCUGAAACAUCUACCAUGCCCUAUCGAGCACCUGAACUUUUCAGUGUUGACCUCCAUUCUACAGUGGAUCAAAGAACUGAUAUCUGGUCCCUGGGCUGCCUCCUGUAUGCCCUGUGCUUUUUUGAGGGACCCUUUGAUGAUGUGGUUAGACGAGGAGACAGUGUAGCACUGGCCACCGUCAGUGGAAACAUCCGAUUCCCCACUUCAUCGCCUUAUUCUAAGGGCCUGCAUGAUCUCAUCCUUUUGAUGUUACGUGUUGACUGCCGAGAGAGACCUCACAUUGGGAAAGUCCUGGACAUUGUGAAGCGUUUGCAGGGAAAGGCGGUCUCUGAAGACAGAGCCAGUGGAAGUAGAACCCAGCAAGUAUAGCAAAUACAGAAAGUGGUGGACAGUCAAUGGGUUUCCACUGUUCACUGCUACUCCCUUCAGCUUCCCUACAGCUGAUAUAUACUAUUAAAAAGAAACAGUUUUCUAGUGAUUCCUUUCUUCCUUGUGGGCUGCCAACCAAACUGGUGAUCAUGGUGCUGAAUUUUUCAACAACAUGCCUGCUACAUGUCUACCACCCAUGCAUUUCUUUCUCUGAUCAGAAAGAGCACUUGAAUGAGUUCUCACCUGAUUUUUGGAACAGCAAUGAGGAAUAACCCUUCUUGGUAGAUGUGUCUGAUGGUGGUAGGGACUUUUACCUUCAUUUCAAGUUGAAAUGCAUCUGUGAUCUUGCACAAAUAUCAGGCAGUUUUUUGGUCAAAGACUGAGGAAUAUUCUUGUUUGUUAUACAUUGCUUUUCUUGGCCUAUGCAUGCCCAAUGUAUUUUAUUACUACAGUAUUACUAUGAAUUAUGAUACCUAUUUCCUUUUUCUUUUGCUAUUAAGCAAUGAAGCUUUUAUGUUACUCAUGCAUCUUACUUUUCUUUUCUAAAUCCUGUCAUAAAUUGGAAAUAUAUUAUUUUAAAAAUUGUCAAGUAUCACAAUUAAUUUAUAUCAACACCCU